CAAGAUCGCUCUGGUGCAGCUCGGGCGCAGGUGUCUGCGGGAGCCACCUAGUCCUCUGCAGCUUCUCCUCCACCAUGGCCGACUCGGAGAACCAGGCACCGGCGGAGCCGAGCCAGGCGGCGGCAGCCGAGGCAGCGGAGGAGGUAAUGGCAGAAGGCGGUGCGCAGGGGGGAGGCUGUGACCGCGCGGCCGGCGAGUCUGACUGCGCCGCGGGUCAGACCGCCGAGGAGCCCCAGAGCCCUGCGGAGAACGCACCGAAGCCUAAAAAUGACUUUAUCGACAGCCUGCCUAACUCGGUGAAAUGCCGAGUCCUGGCCCUCAAAAAGCUGCAGAAGCGAUGCGAUAAGAUAGAGGCCAAAUUUGAUAAGGAAUUUCAGGCUCUGGAAAAAAAGUAUAACGAAAUCUAUAAGCCCUUACUCGCCAAGAUCCAAGAGCUCACUGGAGAGAUGGAGGGAUGUGCAUGGACCUUGGAGGGCGAGGAAGAGGAGGACGAUGAUGAUGAGUACGAGGAUGAGGAGGAGGGAGAGGAGGAGGAGGAAGAGGAGGCUGCGGCGGAGGCUGCCGCGGAGGCUGCGGCUGCCAAAGACGGGGGUCCCCGCUCUGCGGUGUCUGAUGGCGCCAAGGAAUAAGCGGGGGCGGAGAUGGAAGAGCAGAAUGACGAUGAAGAAAAUCCUGGUGUUUUGCUUUGUUUUUUUAAAUAUUGGUGAACUUAAAAAGGCUCAGGUUUUGGACCAAAAUACAGUAUGAAUCAAU